AUGGCCGUGAGCCUGAUGGACACCGACCUCGAAGGCCAAGAGGAGAUAGACGUGGACGCCAACCUUUGCUGCCCUCAUCCCCUCAGUGCCGUCCUCUCUUGCGUCUGCUGCCCAGUCUGGUGUUGCUCCACGCAGAUGUUUGACCAGAACGAGCGGGCCGCCGUGCUCGUGUGGGGUAAGUAUGUGGGAAGCAUCAACCAGCCUGGAAUCCACAUCGUCAACCCCUGCGGCGUCUCCACUCGGAAGAUCACCACGGCACGCAAAACCUUGGACAUUCGCGAGGUAAACGUCACGGAUAAGGAGGGAAACCCCGUCUACAUUAGCGGCAACGUCGCCUACAAGAUCGUCUCCGCCAAGAAGGCCACCGUGGACACGGCGCAGCCUGAGAAGUAUGCGUCAGAGAUGGCCCCCAUGGCACUUCGCACGGUGGCGGCUCGCUGUCACUACAAUGACCUGCGCGGUGAGUCCACGAGCCAGAUGCUGGCAGAGGAGCUCCAGAAGCUCGUGACCAGCGCCGGCGUGCAGGUGCUCAGAUUCCAGCUCACCGAUCUGAAGUACGACAAGCAGAUUGCCUCGGCUAUGCUGGCACGGCAGCAGGCUGUGGCACAAGUCGACGCCAAGCGCACUUUGGUGCAUGGUGCUGCUGAGACGGCCUCCAGUACGGUGAUGCGCUUGAAGCAGCUCGGCCAUUCCUUCAACGGGGAGAACGAGCAGCGCCUGAUCCAUGACUUGCUCCUCAAGAACCUGGACCCGGACUACAAAUCGCAGGCGGUGGUUUACGCGCAGCAGCGCUGA